ACUGCCCAAAUCUCCCUGCUGUACACUGAUGGCUGCCUGCAUGCUAGGAGCAAAUGUAUGCACACAGAAAUCUUAUUGGCAAAGGACUAAAUAUCUGAAACAUCCAUGUUCUGUUGACUACAUCUUGGCAAGGGGACUCAACAGGAGGAUGCAGACAACGAGAUGCAGUAACCCACGCCUUGCCUUUCCUGUCAUGAUCAUCUUCUCCCUGUGGCUGCAAACGAGUGCAAACCACACAGGCUACCCUCACCUCAGAGAAGAAACCUGGAGUCCCAUCAGCCAAAACCGCAGUGAGAGUCACAACAGGACAGAAGCAAGCCCAGAUUCUCCUCUGAGCCUCAAUUUCAGCAGCCAAACAACUACUUCUCAAAUGCAAAGUACCCUGCCAUCCUUCUCCUCCACAAUGGCCCAAAAUUCAACAUCUUCCCGUGCCAAAAUACGAAGUACCAUGUCAUCCUUCUCCUCCACAAUGACUCAAAAUUUGAUUUCCCCUGCCCCAAGUGCAGUUUCCACCACGGGAGGAUUAGAGAAAAGCAGCAAACCCAAGAGCCCAACGACCAAAGAAACCUGUGAAGACAAUAAGUCUCUCAUACUGAUUUGCUUCAUUAUCAUUGCAGUUCUUGUGCUCAUCUGCAUCUCCCUGUUUCUGUCCACAGUCAUAGCAGCCAACAAAAUCUCCUAUCUCAAAAGAGCCCAGCAGGGCAAACGCAGGCCCAGGAGCAAUGGUGACCUCCUGGCCACCAACAGCCUAUGGCCCACAGCAGCAGGAACGUGGCAGAGGAUGCCCAAGGAGACAAGUGGAACUGAGCUGAUAAUGCAGGAGCUGGUAUCAGGGAGGGAUGCUGUGAACCAAAGGAAAACUGAAGAUGAAACUACUGAGAAACUCACCAAAGCAGCAGACAAUGAACAAGAAAGCAAAGAACCAUCCCAGCCACACAAACCCAUUUUAACAAAUUUUGUAGUUGAGAUUUAA